AUGAUCGCCACGCAAGUUCGUGUAUACAAAGACGUAAAUCUUGAGCGACGGAUGCCGAUUGCGGGUGGACGUGUGUCGGGCCAGUAUCUUGAAAGGAUUGUUCGGGUCGAAAAUAGAAGUCACGUGUUGAAGGAGAUGAUUCAUGUCUUUGAUAUUGAGUGGAAGAGUCUCAUCCCUGUUCCUAUUGAACCAAUCAGGAGUGUUGGCUCUGCUACCAAGGGUUCCAGGAAAGAGGGUGAUAUGCCAACCGAUCAGUUCGUUACCAACCUGGCCGCCAUUGAGGAAGCCAUACGGGACCCGCAAGCCUAUUUAGCAUCAACUUCUCCCGCUGCCUCA